AACUGUCAAUGUAAAAAAUAAAUUUUCGGAAAAAGGUUAGAAUUUUUGUUGGAUGGAAGUUUUUUGAUUGCAUUUAAGAUUAAAUAAGUUAAAAUAUCGGUUAAAAGGUACUCAUUUAGAGCGCUUACCUUUAAUUGGACCCGAAUUGUUUGCCGAAAGUAUAAAUAUUUCUAUAUGUGGUGAAUAACAACAUUAAAAUGUACUCAAGACUUCAAAAGUACGGUUUGAAGACGCUGCAGAGUCGCUUGACACACAUCACAAGGAGCAGCCAUGCCAGCCAGCUCCGGAAGAAGGAAAUCAGUGUGGUCCCCGGUAAAAAUAUACAUGGAUUUGUGUGUUCCGAUGUUGAGCAUAUCCCAGAGUACAAUAUGACGGCGUACCUACUGUCACACGAGAAAACAAAGACUGAAUACUUCCAUCUUGAAAGGGAUGAUGCCAACAAUGUUUUCUCUGUUGGGUUCCGAACUACACCGUUGGAUUCUAUGGGAACUCCUCACAUAUUAGAACAUACUGUGCUCUGUGGCUCAGAAAAGUAUCCUGUUAGAGAUCCCUUCUUCAAAAUGCUGAAUCGGUCCCUGGCCACAUUCAUGAAUGCUCUUACGGGCCCCGAUUACACAUUCUACCCGUUCUCGUCUCAGAACCACAUAGACUACCAAAAUCUACAAAAAGUGUACUUAGAUGCAGUAUUUAAGCCCAAUUUGCUCCAUCUCGACUUUCUCCAAGAGGGGUGGAGGUUAGAGCAUACUAAAUUAGAAGACAAAUCCUCUGAACUUGGCUUCAAAGGUGUUGUGUACAAUGAAAUGAAAGGAGCAUUUUCAGAAACCAGUUCAUUGUUUGGCCAGAAGUUCAUAAACAGCAUUUUGCCUGAAGGAACAUAUGGAUAUGUCUCUGGCGGUGAUCCACUUUACAUUCCAAACUUGACACAUGAGCAUUUAAAGAAUUUCCACCAAACAUACUACCACCCCAGCAAUGCUAGAAUCUUCUCAUAUGGAAACUUUCCAUUUGAAACCAAUCUGAAGUUUUUGAAUGAAGAAUACCUGAGCAAAUAUGAGUACUUAGAUCCUUCUAGAUCUAUUGUAAAGCCUCAAAACAGAUGGCUUGAGCCGCGUCGCGAGAACACAACCUGUAGGGUAGACCAGUAUGGAGGACCUGUAGAAAAACAGAAUCAAAUAGCAAUAGGAUAUGCAAUGUCAGAUAUCACGGAUCUCUAUGAGACCUUCAUGUUGACAGCUCUGGCUGAGCUCAUGAUCAUUGGUCCCAACUCAGCAUUUUACAAGAGUCUUAUUGAAAAGAAUAUUUCUGGAGGCUACAACUCACUGACUGGUUACGAUAAUCAGAUUCGCGAUACGCUUUUCGUUGUCGGAUUGAGAGAUGUUGAGACUUCCAAGUUUGAAACUGUGGAGAAGAUUGUAAAUGAGACUCUACAAGAAAUACAUAAGAAUGGUUUCGAAAAGGACCAUGUAGAGAGUGUCCUGCAUGGGUUUGAGCUGUCCAUUAAGCACCAGUCUCCAAGAUUUGGUUUGAACCUACUUUUCAACAUAAUGCCACUGUGGAACCACAAUGGACCAAUCUUACAGGCACUGAAAAUAAAUGAUCUACUGAGCCAGUUGAAAAAAGAUCUGAUGGACCCCAAUUUUGUGAAGCAAGCAAUAGAAAAGUAUUUCAUUCAAAAUAAUCAUAAGCUGAUCAUGACAAUGCAACCUGAUCCAAAAUUCGAUGAUAUCUUCAAUGAGUUGGAAGCGAAGAAUCUGCGAAACAAAUCUGAGCAACUGAAACCUGAAGAGAGAGAGCAAGUGUAUGAGAAUGGCCUGAAACUCUCGGAAGCCCAGAAGAAGGAACAAAACUUGGAUGUGUUGCCAUGUCUUCAGCUUGACGAGAUCACGGUAAACAAAACUGCUCCGCCUCUAAAACACGCGGCUUCCGGAACUAUUCCCCUGCAGUUGUGUGAAGGCAACACCAACGGUGUAACCUAUUUCAAAGGUGUACUUGGCACGGAAUCGUUGGACGAGUCUCAGAAGGCAUUACUGCCGUUCUUCAACUAUGUUUUGGAUAAAUACGAUACGAAAACUUUCAACUACCGAGACCUGGAUAAGCACAUCAGUAAAACAACGUCAGGUCUUUCAGUUAUUACCCACGUGACUGAACAUAUCGAUUUGAGAGGGCAGUACGAAGACGGUGUGGUAAUCGCCAGCCAUUGCUUGGACAGUAACCUGCAAAAAAUGUUGGAUAUUUGGUUGGACAUUUUCGACAAACCCGACUUUUCCAAUAACGAAAGGACCAAAAUGCUAUUGAACAACUACUGCUCAUCUUUAACUAGUGGAAUUAUAGACAGCGGCCACACAUACGCAAUGCAGGCGGCUAGAUCUCUCGUAUCUUCUGUCGACCAGUGCAAAGAAAAGCUAUUGGGUCUGCAACACAUUAUGAAUAUGCAAAAAGUCCAAAAGGAUAAGUCUAUCAAUGACGUGCAACAAACGAUUGACUCCAUCGCCAAAAAGGUCUUGAACGGCAGUAACUUGAGAGCCGCCUUCAACUUUUCCAACACCAACGCAAACAUCAGCGAUGUAGUAGACGGUUUCUGCAAGAGCUUGUGCGAUAAGGAACAGAACACAGAGCUGAACCGAAUAAAUUGGGUAGACUCGGAAGAUUUGCCGAAAAAGAACCGCGCUUUGCACGUAUCCAUGAACAUCCCGGUGAAUUUCUGCGCUAAAGCGAUACCGACAGUCGCAUACACUGACCCUGAUUACCCGAAGCUACGAGUGCUCUCCCGAUUCCUUACCUCAAAGUACUUGCACCCAAUAGUCAGGGAGCAAAACGGCGCCUACGGUGGAGGUGCUAUGCUAUCCACUGACGGGACUUUCAACUUCUACUCCUACAGAGACCCUAACUCCCACGUCACACUGGAUGUUUUCGACGGCAGUGUAGACUGGGUGUCCAAAAACACAAAUCUGAUCGACGACCAAACGCUUUUCGAGUCGAAGUUGUCGAUUUUGCAGCAAAUGGACCAGCCAAUUGCGGAGUACAUGAAGGGAAUAGAUUUGUUCCUGUUUGGCCUGUCCUAUGACAUAUGGAAGACGCAAAGGGAGCGAGUGCUUGCGGUGAAGAAGGAGGAUUUAAUCGAGGUCUGCAACAAGUACUUGCUACCAGACUCGUUUGCCGGAAAAUGUGUUAUUGGAGAAGGCUCGAAGGAUUUGAAAAAGGAUGAAAUGUGGGAGAAGAUCAGUGGUCCUCAACAAUAAGGACACGUUACGUAAUAGUUACUUACGAAUUAUUAUUAUUGCCUGAAAUGUUAUUCAGGUGCAUUUAGGCUUAGUAUGCUACUUUAUGUAUGUGAACCUAAGAGUGAAAGGAAUGAUGCAUGUGUGUAAGUAUGCAGCGCCGAAUGUAUGUAAUUGUUAUGUAAACUGUCACAAUCACGUUGUAGCAACUGUAACUAAAAAUAUUUGACCGUACAAGAAAAUCAUUACAAAUAAUAUUUAUGUGAAAUGCUCAUCAGAUGAGCUUAUUUUCUUUUGGUACCAUACCAUUAUUCGGCAAAGCAAUGGGUGUGGCUGUAGUGAGUGCUUUAAUUUAGAUAGUUUUAACGUUAAAAUUGUUACAGAGUUAAGUUAUGAAUAAAGAGUCUAUUCAAUA